AUGACUCCAGCCCUCCUCAAUUUGCCUGCGGAGAUACAUAAUGAGAUUGCUUUUUUUCUUUCUGGCCGCGAAGUGAAGAACCUUCGUCUAGUUUGCACCAAAGCACUAGAACGGUUUCCCCUGAAAUUGUCCCGUGUCUUUCUCUCACCAAAUGAAGCCGACAUCAAAGUGUUCCGCAAAGUGUCCGAACAUGAGACCCUCAGGCAUCAAGUCGUGGAGUUAGUCUGGGACCACACUUAUUUUCCUGAACUUCACUCAAUGGCCUAUGGUAGAAUUGGCUCAGAAUUGGUAGACAUGGUGGACUUUCAGACCCGGUGUGAAUUGGAAGCAGCCCAAACUCGUGUCCGACAGAAACGAUUCUCUCAGUCAGGGCUUCAGUUCCCAGAUCAAGCGAAAUGGCCAGAAGCGGAUGAGGUUGACUAUGAGUUUUCGACGAACUUUUCUGAACCUCGGGGUGAUCUCAGAGCACUCUCCGAUUACAUCUAUCGUUUCCCACGUCUGAAGAAGAUCACGAUCUGCCAUGUGACCCAGGGUUGGCUUUUCGAGCCAUUUUACGAUACGCCAACUACUCGACUUCUACCUCGAGGCUUCAAGUAUCACAUAGACCGUGUUGAUUGCGUGCAGGAAUACAACGAAGAAGUCUGGUCCAAAAUGAAGAGGGAGUAUCCAAAAUACUUCCGUGGAUACAUUGGAAUACUAAAUGUACUUGCUUCGGUCGGAAACAACCUAAAAAUUGAGGAGCUAUCUAUACAGAGCAACGGGCUGUACUUUGGCUUGACAGCCCAUAUCUUCGACCGGGUAACACCAGAGUACCGUGAUCUUGUUGCACUGCUGAGUAGACCGACUUUUCGACGUCUGGAUCUAGUUCUUACUACAAACAGUCAAAAACGCAUACAUUGGCCAGCAUUUCGUUCGGGCCACCUACGCAACGCCUUAGGUCGGGCCGUGAAUCUUCAGCACUUCAGCCUCGCUGCUGACAUACACACGUUUCGGCUUGAUGAGUAUGAUUGGACUCCCUUGAAUCAGUUCAUCCCCGCCGAUUUUUGGCCACUGCUACGGUCUUUCCGCCUCAUGGGCUUUUUGGUCAAGCAGGGUGAUCUUGUUACCUUUCUGGGUGUGCUUCCGCUGAGCGUUCGAUCUAUCGAGCUAGGCCAGCUUUCCUUCGUCCGCGGACAUGGCAAUUAUGCCACACUACUUGACUUGAUCAAGGACGAGCUGCAUUGGAGCGAUCGGCAAGUGGCAAAGCAACCGCGACUGACAAUCAUCAUUGCCAUUGACCGCUUUGCUCCACCUGGAAUGAUGAAUUGGAUCGAUUCUGAGACCCAGGAAUUCAUAUAUAAUCAUGGGAGAAACCCAUUUCGAGGUCCUCGAGGGCCUGUGGAUGUCGAUGCCGGGGUCGGCGUUGAGCGUGAUGCGUUCAAUCCGGACCAUGAAUGGCCCUAUCAGGACGAUUUCGAUUGGGAACAGGAAGUCAAAAUCAUGAGAAGGCAAAAUCAUCGACUUUCCUCAGAUCUGAACAACUGCUUGGAUAAAAUAGCGUGGGGUCCAGACGUGGCUUCCAGGCUCCAGGCGGCGAGAGAGGGAUCACAAGGGCCGUGGCAGGACGAUGAAAUUGACUCGAUGCAUCUUGAUUCAUCAUUUCUCUAA